AUGAACAUUGCGGACAACACUGCUAAGCGGUCCUACUUUCUCGGAUAGCCGUCUGGUGUCGAGGCAGCAUCUAGCUUACAGUGGGAACAUCCCCCUCUCCCCCACAUCGGCGUUUCGCGGUGAUUCUCUCUUCGUGGCAGGUCGCUCCUUCUUUCAUUCCCAUUUUUCUCUUAUUUUCGAAUUUAAGCGGGCAGACAGUGUCCCCAACGCAAUCUGUUUCUCUCAUCCCUACCUACGUCUUUCCAGUGACUAAGCAGCAAACUCUUGUUCAAGCUCUUGUACUCUCAACAUCUUCACAUCUCUGAUCAGAUCAUCUGCCACAAUGGGAAUCAAAGUCGGAAUCAACGGUUUCGGCCGAAUUGGUCGAAUUGUCAUGAGAAACGCCAUUGAGCAUGGCGAUCUCGAUGUCGUCGCCAUCAACGACCCCUUCAUCCCUCUCGACUACAUGGUGAGGCGGGAUCGUGCAAGCGUAUACGCAAUACUUUGCUGACACAUAUCAGGUCUACAUGUUCAAGUACGAUU